AUGAUGCUGAUCCACCCCCAACCAGGAUUCCGCGAACCAUUCGAGGUGUUCUGCGACCAGGAGUACGAAGGCGGAAACUGGAUCGUAAUCCAGAAUCGCUACGAAGGAUCGGUCCACUUCUACCGCGGUUGGAACGAUUACGUGCGCGGAUUUGGCAAUCUGAACGAUGAAUUUUGGCUAGGCUUGGAUAGAAUUCACGAACUCACGUACUCGAAGCGUUACGAGCUGCACGUAAUCAUCGAGGACUGGGAGGGGCAUCGAACGGUGGCACGGUACAGUGCCUUCUUGGUGGCUGGACCGGAGGAAAAGUACACGCUGAAAAGCCUGGGGACGUUCAGCGGGAAUGCCGGCGAUGCAAUGACGAGUCACCACCUCGGAAUGAAGUUUUCAACGUUCGAUAACGAUAACGAUUUGUGGUCUGAGAAUUGUGCCGUUGCUCGAUACGGUGCGUGGUGGUACAGUGCUUGUGCGGCGAGGUAA